AUGGCCUCCUUACAAGGAAAUGAAACAUUGAGUGAACUGAAGAAAGCAAGGGCUGUUGUUAAAGGUCAGUUGACUAGAGCUGGGAGAAUGCUGGAAGAAUUGUCUAGUAUUAAAAUUGAUAGUAUCAGAACAAGACUCUCAGUGAUACAUGCUUAUUGGGAACGAUUCGAGCAAAUCCAGCACAACAUUGAAGUAAAAACAGAUGAAGAAGAACUUGACACUGAAAUCACAUACAGGACCGACAUGGAGGAUAUGUAUUUCAAAAUAGUUGAUGUAUUACAACUCCGAUUAAGUGAAUUGGAAAGAGUCAACGAAACAGAAGAACUACAGCAGAUCAGACCAUACAGUGUUGAUACUCAGAAAUUGCGACCGCUUACAUCAACAAUUUCGUUCACACCCUUUCAAGAUGACGAGACAUUCAAGAAUUUCAUAAGACGUCUAGAAGUCUUCAUUCACUUACAUGGACAAGGAAUGCAUCCUACAGAUAAGGUAUACACAUUACUUCAUUCUUUAACCCCUAGCCUACAUCAGAAGGUUUAUGAUUUAUGUGCUCCAGAAGUACCUCUGGAUAAGUCAUAUACAGAAUUGGUGAGAAUGUUGACAGAUUAUGUUGAUCCACAGCCAAGUACUUGGGCUUUACAGCACAAAUUCAUGUCUAGAGUACAGGAGCCCAAUGAAACAGUUAAGAUUUAUUCAGUUGAAUUGCAAAAACUUACAUCUAAUUGUGAGUUUAACUGUGAGUCUUGCCAGAAAUCAAUCGCUAAUACACUUUUGCGAAUGCAGUUCAUAAGGGGGUUAGUUAAUAAAGAUAUUAGAGCCAAAUUGCUUCAGGAUAAUUCAUUAGUAUCGUUUCAAGAUGUUGUCAAAGCAGCGACAGCGAUGGAAAUUGCAAACCACGAGAGUGAUCUAUCUGAAUACUAUGCAACUAAAACUAAUAGGCCUAGUACAGUACAUCAGAUUGAGGAUAAAUACAAAAAUGUAUCAACUAAAUCGCACAUGACGUCAAACCAGAAAAAGCCUUCACCUCUUUUUGAGAGUCUUAAAGGAAAAUGUUACAGAUGUGGUUCUCAAAACCAUAGGGCCAAUAACUGUGAGUUUGCUUCAAAGAUAUGUAAUAAAUGCAAGAAACAGGGACACUUAGCCAGAGUAUGUUUAGGAUCUACAAGAACAAAAAUUCACCAAGCCGAAGAAGAAGACUGUCAAGAUGAACAACACGAGAUUUUCAAAAUAGAUAGAAGAAAUGGAGAUAAAAUUAUGCUUGACUUAUCAGUUGAAGGUAAACCAGUUCAAAUGGAACUUGAUACCGGUUCUGCUAUAAGUACUCUGCCUUACUCUACAUUCAAGAAACUUGAGAUUAAUAGGAAAAUUUUUCAUACACAAGUGCAGCUACGAACAUACACUCGAGAAGUCUUCAAACCAAAAGGAGUUGUUUUUGUGCGUUGUACAUACAAGGAUCAGAAAUUUACAGGCAAACUUUACAUCGUGGAUGACAACCUUGACGCAAUAUUUGGUCGCGAUUGGUUGCGAGAAGUACAGUUAGACUGGGCUGAACUAAAGGCAGUACAACAAUACCCAAAAGUAGGUGGUCUUGACAAUCUUUUAGAGAAGUUCAAGGAUGUGUUUGAGCCAGGUAUCGGUAAGAUUCCAGAUCAACUUGGACACUUACAACUUGUCGAUGGGGCUCGUCCGGUAUUUAUGAAGGCUAGGCCUGUACCGUACGCAUUAAAACUGAAAGUGGAACAAGAACUUGACCGCUUAGAAGAAGCAGGAAUAAUUUCUAAAACUCAAGAAUCUGAGUGGGGAACACCAAUCGUUCCUGUAGUCAAGCCUAACGGAGAUGUGAGAAUAUGCGCGGAUUACAAAGUGACAGUAAACAAGCAGAUCCAAGAUGAACAUCACCCUAUUCCCAAAAUUGAAGACAUAUUUGUCAACAUGAAUGGUGGAAAAUUAUUUUGUACACUAGAUUUAAGAAAUGCUUACCUUCAUUUGGAAAUGGACAGUGAUAGUGCAAAUAUUCAAACCUUAAGCACGCAUAAGGGACAGUACAGGGUACAUAGAUUAAUGUUUGGUAUUAAAGUUGCUCCUGGAAUUUGGCAGAAAACAAUGGACAAGACGUUGGCAGGCCUAGAGGGGAUACAGUGCUUCUUUGACGAUAUAGUCAUUCAGGGAAAUUCAGAAGAGGAACUACUUCUGCGUUUGGAAAGUGUCUUAGGAAAACUAAGAGAAAAAGGUUUAAGACUCAAUCGUGACAAAUGCAAGUUUCUCCAGAAAAGAAUAUAUUAUUUGGGCCACGUCAUUGAUGAAAAAGGACAAGACAAAGAUAUCGAGGAGAUGAUUGCAUCAUGCAGAGCGUGUAGAGAAAAACAAAAUGCACCACAAAAAGAAGUGAACCAUCCUUGGAUACCAGCUACUAGACCUUGGGAAAGGAUUCACAUUGAUUUUGCUGGCCCUACAAAUGGACUUUACUUCCUUUCAAGCUAA